UGCCGGGCCGGCGCGAGGCUGUCAGUCAGCCGCGCGCCGCCGCCGCGCGCCCUCCCUGCCGCUCUCCCUGCUUCCCUCCCUCCUUCCCGCCCUGCUUCCCGCCCUGCUUCCCGCUGGGCUCUCAGGGACGCACCGCCAGCGGCCAUGAAGAUCUGGAGCUCGGAGCACGUGUUCGGGCAUCCCUGGGAUACUGUGAUCAAAGCUGCUAUGAGAAAGUACCCCAACCCCAUGAACCCAUGUGUGGUAGGAGUAGAUGUCCUCGACAGGAGCCUGGAUAACCAGGGGAGGCUGCACAGUCACCGACUUCUCAGCACGGAGUGGGGAUUGCCCAGUAUUGUCAAAGCGAUAUUAGGAACAAGUAGAACUCUGACAUACAUAGAGGAACAUUCUGUGGUAGAUCCAGUGGAAAAGAAGAUGGAGCUUUGCUCAACUAAUAUUACGCUCACAAACUUGGUGUCUGUUGAUGAGAGACUGGUUUACACACCUCAUCCAGAAAACCCGGAAAAGACUGUGCUAACCCAGGAAGCAAUUAUUACUGUUAAAGGCAUUAGCUUGAGCAGUUAUCUGGAAAGCUUGAUGGCAAACACGAUAUCUUCUAAUGCCAGAAAGGGUCGGGAUGCCCUGGAAUGGGUGAUCAGCAAACUAAACACAGAACUAGAAGAGCUGAAGUCCACACGCGAGGGGAUCAAACCAGCCAUGGCAGCAGCGGCCACGGAAAAAUAAAAACAAAAAUUUGGGUUCACCAAAUGAAACAAAGUAACUGACAAAAAAGUCUUAUUCUGCAGACUGCUCUGUAGAGCUCCCUCCCAAGGCUGAUCUGCAGAGGUUUUAUCCAUUUUUAAGAAUACCGGAUCAGUGGAAGAGAACCUCAUCCAUCAUCUCCACAGCAGCUCUUGUUACCUACUGAAGUUUAAACUGACCUCCUGCAGAUGCUCUUUUCAUAUGAACAAUUUAUGUUUAACACUGGAAACAAAACAUUUAGCACAUUCAAAACAGCCUAAAUGUACCUUUUCAAACAAAGGUAGAGGGCAUGUUAUAUUUACACCAUCUCAAACUGAAAAGCUUCAAACAAACUUUUGCGUGGGAUUAAGGUUUUUCUGUGUGAACUUCUAUUCUGUAAAGGGCUGAUAGGUCCUAGAGCACUGAAUUUUGUCUGGUUUGUAAUCUGAUAAUGUCUUAUGGACAGUUAAAGGGGAACUACAUGAGUCAGAACAUGAUACUGUAGAAUCUGAUAUUUAUCUAGAGGAUCAUCUUGAAAGGCUACAUCUUGUGUGGAACUAACUCUUCUUAGGUUGUUUGAACGUGCUGCCUGAAGAUGACACACAGAUACUUUACCUCUUAGAUGUUUGUAUCCAAACAAGGAUAAAGUUUCUAUUGAUGUUAAUAGCCUAAAAUAGUUUUUCUGGUGGGGAGAAGGGUAUAAUUUAUUUUCUUAUUUAUUAAUUUGUCCUAGUUCCUCCCUUCCCUAUGUGGACAGGGGUAGUGAUUACUAGAAGGUGCUGGAAAAUAAUUAUCUCUAAGAAGGGCAUUUGUAGGCUGCUGGAAUAAAGAGACCAUGCUGUUCUACUGGUCCUUGCUCUUCACAUCACAUCUUAACUGAGGGAAAAAUUGAUGCAAUAACCAGAAGAAUUGAAAUGAGAAAUGAGCAGAAAAUUUUAAAUCCAAAUGAUAAGGUUUCAUAAAGAGAAACUUUUAAUUUGCUGAAUGGAGAAAACAAGAGUACAAGAAUCACAAAUGGACUCUCCUUUCUAAAUGCUUUCUGUUAACUACUGACUAUCAGUGUAACUGAACCUUUUCAACUCUUUUCCACGUGGGUACAAAAUGGUUUUAAACUCCUUUGAAAUGCUUCUCAUUAUCUGGAAAAAUACUCCAAUAACUGCAGAAACUUUCCUAUUAAGUAUGCAUAAAUAUAUAUUGGUAAUAACUCUAGCAUUGUCUGAUGUUUACAAAAUUGUCCUGUUUGGUCCAGAUGUAGUAUAUGUUUCUCUGACAGAACCUCUGUUAGGGCAUUUAAACUUAUUUUUUGGUGUGCACACAAAGUGAGACAAAUGUUGCAAGGAUGCUUACUUGUUUAAGUGGCAAGUGUGUGCUCAGGAAGCUGUUAAAGAGCAUGAGUAACUUUUAAAAAAACAGAAGACUAAAAUGUUGGUUGCUGUUUUGAGCUGAUGAUUUUAAAAUGUUUGUAGCUUAAGGGAGUUUUCAGUAUUCAUAUUCUGGUUAGUUUGAAAGUAAACUUUAUUUGGGUGUAACUAAAUUACAUGAUCCUAAUGAAUAAACCUACUUUAAAAAGUAUGUCUAUUAGUUGAGAGCAAUUAAAUGAAUAGCAGAUAUUUACAUUGCUCUUUUUAUGUGGACCUAAAGCCCUUCCUAUUUUGGAACAGAAACAGAGCUCAAAGCAGCCCAUGUCUGGAAGGUAAGAUGGAUGGCUUUGGUGCAGGUCAGUUGUCCUCCUUUUCAGGAGUGAUGCCACUUCCUGGAUGAGGAACAGAGAUGUUCUAGCUCUUGGUCUUGUUCUGCUAGGCAGAGGAGUGCAGCUAUGGCAGAGCUCUGCACAAAAAGAGGGAAAAGUUGGUGGCGUGUGUACAUUUGAAAACCUGUGCUGCAGCAUUUCCAUACAUGCCUGCUGGAGGAAUGAAAACACGAGUGUCAGCAGGGGUAGGAAAGCCUUUGGAGAGGUUCAUUGAUUGCUUAAGUAUGGGAGAAGAGUUGUCUAAAGCUUCUCCUUGCAUCAGAAAUGAAAUAUUUACUUAGUGUUGUCUUAUGGCUGGCUGACUUGUGCAUUGCAUUCCAGCGCUUCAGCGCUGGCUUCCACAAAAGUCGCCACAGGCUCUCUGGAGCUGAAAUCCUCUGCCACACCCUCAGGUCAGCACCAAUUACACAUCAAGUUCCUGUAUUACUUUCUUGACACUUUGUUUCCUUGCAGAUAAUCCCUAUCUGCUUCUGUUGCAGCAUCUCCUUUCUAUUUUGUUCCUGGUUUUGGGCUGCUUUCACUCCACCCCUACUUAGGAAGUAUGUGGCUAAAUGCUCGGUUUUCCAAUCUGCUGCUCCACUUGCCACCCAUCAGCACCUUUCUUACUUGUGUCAGUCCUCAGUGCUUCUAACCAUGUUGAUUAAUAGGCAGCAAGUGCCAUCUUGAGAAAUAAUUCUGCAUUUUGAGAGCUUAAAGUGGAACCGAAGUUGGGUUUUGUGAGUUGUGAGAGGGAGGUUGCAGCAGUUCAAGCUGCAGUUUGGUGUUUCUCAGUUGCUGGGUUGCAAUUCAAGGGUGUGAUAUAGGGAGAUGGUUGGAUUUUAAGAAUUUGGUGCCAGCACAUCAGGUCUCCACGCUUAAUAGAAGUGUGGCUGCUCUCCCCAUCCCUACAGCUGCAUCACACGUGCCUGCUGUGGAAGGAAGAAGCUGGGAAAAGCUGAUUCCUCACUGCAGGGGAAGCAGUGAGGAAAGACAGCAGCAGUGGUUCCCAGAGUGUGGCAAACUUGGCACAUUUGUUCUUGGCCCUGAAGGAUCUUAAGAUGUUGAAGAUGCCACACUCCAAAUAGACUGGCUUCUGGUUGAUGUCUAGUUUUUGUGCUGAUGCAGGUUCAUGUUAGCAACAAAAGUAUUAACUUAAAACAUAAGUAAGUGUAGUCAAAUGGUCUGGUGUGUGUCUUCCAUGCUCCUCCAUGCUUCUUAUUUCUUUUCCUCAUCAGGUCAGCAGACAUGCUGGAGGAGGGUUAUAUUUGUUGGGACAAAAGGCAAUCCUAGUGGAAGCUCCCAUAUUCUUGAAAGUUUGGCUUAAAGUAAGAAAAGGCAUUGAGCUGCAGCAGGUGGUGUCAGGAAGUGCUGCAGAGCACAAACUGGGCACUGAUGUACUGACGAUGUAAUAACCUAGCAGUGAGUGAAUGACCAGCCAUGCUCCUUGGUGAGAAACUUUUCAUUCAAAUCCUCAGGUGGAGCAGUGGUGUGGUAGGCAACACCACUCCUGCUGCUGCACCUCCCUAGACUGAGAUCUGUGAAGGCCAGGGCUGUAAAGUGUCUAUGUAUCCUGUGGUGCUAUCCAAAAUAAAUGCCAUGUGCAGUUUAAAAAAACA